UUCUUUUGUGACUUUCCGUUCGCGUUGACGCGUAUCUCCCGUGUGUGUGCCGGUGCUUCGAAGGCGGAAAACCCGCGUGCUCUGCCUUGCGCUCGCUUUAGUUUGUUUGUGUGCUUUUCCCCUUUUGCGCGCGCGGUGCCGUUUUGCGCUGCGAUUUUGUUUUGUUUCUCGCGUCUCAGGAUCGUUUUGUGUUAAUUUUUGGGUUCGAACGUUUUCGAACCUCCGCACUGCUCCGUCCCCUAUCGUUGUCCUGCCCGCGAGGACACGAUCUGGUGCAGGACGAAGGGGGAGUGUUUCUUGUGAUUCGUUUCGGUACGCUUUGCGUUGCAUGCAAAACAAGCGAUGGGCCGCUAAACUUUAGUGAUCUUCAGCGGUACGAUCAUCCGCGCACGCUGUGGAUGGAAGAAUACAAUUCAAUCAAUACGUUGUGCUAACCAUCGAAAGUGCAGUGAAAGUGCACAGUGAAAAGUGACCCCGAAGAAAGGCCCAGCAAAAAGGGUCGUUCGGCAGUGCCACCACAGUGGGUGGUGACACUUUUGCCCGCGCAAAGAUAAUACGCAGUGAUACCGAUAGUGUCGCGAGCGCGUGUGUGUGUGUGUGUUUAGAUAUUGUUAGCAAGCAGAGAGAGAUAGAGGGAAAAGAAAUACUAAAAGUGAGUGUUCAACACGUGCAAGUUGGUGAUACGAAGACAUCGAUGUGCCUUACACAGUGUGAUGUUCAAAGUGACGCACAGCGGCUUCUUUUUUGAAAAAUAAUAACGGCAAGUGUUCUUAAAACCUUCAAAAAAGUAAAAAAGUGAUUUUUGUGUGUGUGUGUGUGGCUCAUAACAACAUAAGAAAUAUACAACAAAGGCCUUUACGCGUGCAAUUGUGCUCCAUUACCAGCGGAAUCUUCUGAAGAUCCGUUCCUCGCCUCGACGCCUCGGGUUUUUGUUUGGCGGACGUCUGUGAUCGCCGAGGCUUUCCACCGACUGUGUUGUUUCGUUCCACGACAAAACCGAACACCCCUAGACAGCAACAUCAGCAUCUGCCGCAGCAUAACUGUGGAUGUUCAUAAUUGUCUUAUAAUAAAAUUUCGCCUUCGACAAUCUCGAUCGAGCUAGCGCGCGCGUGUGUGUUUUGGUGUGAUAUUGAAAAUCGAGAGUGAAAACCAAACAGCCAACAUCAAGUGGCAAAAGUAAUAAUAUACGAAAAAAAACGAAGAAAGGAGAGAAAAACCCCAAGUGUGUUCGGGUGGUGAGUAGUGUGGCGAUUGUGCCGCCGUUUACAUUGGCGCCAGACCGACGCCACCGCGGGUGGUUUUUGGGGGCCGAUGGAUGGCUAAUGAAAAGGAAAAUAAUGAUAAUCAUCGAAUGAGCAAUAAUAAUAGCGCAGCGAUACAAGCGAUACGCCGAUAAGCGCGGGCCGUUUUCCAGUGGGUGCCCCCUUCAAGUUCAGUGCCGCUCAAGUGCAUCUUGCUUGAUAGUUUUUGUGUGUGUGCGUUCCUAAGUGUGUGUGAGUGUUUGGGGCUUAUUAGUGGAGGAAAAUAAGAGAUUUCCCUCUCCAAAAAAAGCUACUCCCAAGUGUGCUUAACGAAUUUCCGUGAUCAGCCCGAGGGAAAAUGGUUUUGUGCUUAAAGUGCUUAAAGUGAAGUUGGUCGCUUACGGUGCGAAACGAAAGUAACCACUUGGAGACGCAAACGGUUGUGCAAAAUAGAACAUCCGAAGGACGAGACUGUUUGGGGAACAUAUUGACAGGAUUACAAUCUCACACAUCUCUCCCGAAGGGGAAAAACGAACGAAGGAUUAGAAAACCGGCCAGCGGAACGGAUUGGAUUACCAUGCGGAAGCAGAGACUUCAGUAUCAGCCAUCGAAUGGAUUCAAGAUUGUUGCACUGGACAAACGAAUCACCUCUAUGAUCGCUUGUUAACCCCCUUCACCUGGAAUACUCCCGCCCUGUUGAACGAGCCCAGAAAAUGAUACUGCAGUUCCGUUGCGAGCCACAUCUUGCCAACAACUUAUCAAGCAAACCAACCAACUGCUACUCCAGCUCGCCUCCUCGAACAGCAAAGGCGACGGUCGUUGGCAAACAUCGUACCAUCGGCAAAGCAACACCAAAUGUCUUCAAGCUAGCAAAGCGCAACAAGCAAUACAGUCUGCAGCAAACAGCGCGUAUGGUGAAACUUUUACGCACCAGCGAGAAAAGCCUCACACCUUUUACCUAACCUACCCCCUGCAACGAGAUCUGUGAUAAAUGAUAAUCGUUCUGAGCAAACGUACGUGUGAUAAACGUGUCGAAAGUAUAUUUUUGUGAAACGAAUUAGAAACGACCGUUACUGUAGUGAUGAAAUGAGGUGAAACUAGAAGUUUGAAAUAAGAAGCUUUAGGUGAUUUUAAGUUUGCGCGCUUGUGGUGAAUAUAAUCGAGUGGUGAAAGCGUUUUGUGUUCCGAGCGCCACCUAGGCGGAAUCGUAUGGAAGCUCGCGAAGGUGACCAUACUGUGUCUUGGCUAAACAAGAUUGGUGAAUACAAGUGGUGAGUGUGUGUGUGGUGAAUAAGCAAUAGGCGUUUUGCUGAAACCGUUCGAAAGUGAGAGAGUGUGUUUUAAAUCAUUUAUUGUAAUUGUGGCCAAUGUACAGUGAUCGGAUCGUAUUCGGAUAUAAUUUGAUUGAAUAAUAUUGUACGCUGGCGUUAGCGAGCUUACGAGGUGGCUCUGCCAUCGUGGCGAUGCCAUUUAUCGACGAUGAGUUGCUGUGGUCCCCGGACAACGAUGGACGGAUGGUGGAUCUGCAAGCAUGUCUGCAAACGGAGAGCAACCAAGCCACGGCAAGCCAAACGGCCGAGCUGGCGAGCGAGUUAAACACACUGGAGGAGCAGCUGGAAAAUGAUUCGGACGAGCUGUUGCGACAGCUGACCGAGAACACGUUCGAGUUGGAACAGUUCUUCCAGGACUUUCCUGCCACCGAGAUAAAAGUCGAGGAGAAUAACAAUGAUCUUCAGCUAGACGAGGAAACGAACGGACAGAUCUUCCUGCAGAAUUGUAGCCAGUUCCUAACGUCGGCAGCGGCGGCCGCCCAACUGAGCGCCCUCUCCGUCACCGAGCCAAACGAUCUGGACGGUGGGCUGCAGCGGCUCUGCUCCGGUGGAAACGAUCAGCUCGUUGGCAGUGGUGGACUCACCACGCAACAGCUGCAGGAGCAGAUACUGCUCGCCCAAGCGCAAGGGUUGCUGCAGCAGAAUCGCUUCAACAACUCGCUGCUCGCCGAAAAGCUCCUGCAGAACCACCAUCACCAUCAGCAGCAGCAGCAGCAGCAGCAGCAACAGCUACACCUCCAUCAUACCCACACAAACAGUCAAAAUGGUGUUACCAGUCUGGAUGCACUCGGCGUGCCGUCCAGCAGCAGUAGCGGCGGCAGCAACAAUGGCAACAAUCAUCACAGCAGCAGCAAUGGGAGCAGUAGCAGUAACGGUGGACGAGCAAACAAACCGCCCGACAUCGUCAUAAAAGAUGAAAUCAAAUAUCAAGUGGACACCGAGAUACCGAUCCUGCCGCAGUCGCCGAGCCCGCCGCCACAGCAACGGUCCUCCCUGGCCGGUGGCCAGUCGCAGCAAACGGCCAGCCUGCUGGCCAGCACGUUACAGCCGUCCCAGCAGCACAGGCCCCUGCUCCACGGGCUCCUCAGCGGUACGCACCUCCCGCAAGGGCCGUACCACCGCGGCUACAGCACGUCCAGCACAGGUUCGCUACCUCCGAGUCCCGCCGACAGUGGAGUGUCCGAUGUGGACAGCUCCAGCAGCGGAGGCCAGCCGGCCUGCAGUGACGAGCUGAAGGCUCGCCUUGGCAUUCCGACCAGCAGUACCGGACCGGUUAGCAAUCAGCCCGGCCAACCAUCGCAUCCCCAUCAGCAGCAGCAGCAACACCAGCAACAGCAGGCCUCCCAGCAACAGCAGCAGCAGCAGCAGCAUCACCAGCAACAUCACCAGCAACAACCACCGCCCCAGCAUCAGCACCCGCAGCAGAGUCAAUCGCUCUCGGUGCAUCCGAAUGGCGGGACCGUCGGUUCACCGAACGGUAGCAGCGCCACUUCCCUCUCCUCCUCGUCCGCUCUCUCGCAGGUGGCCGCGGCGGCCGUUGCUGCAGCCGCCACCCAGCAGCACCUUCAGCAGCAGGCCGCCCACCUGCAGUCGGGGCCGUUCCUGAGGCCCAACUUUUACCAUCACAGCUCGCCACCGCUGCGCAACAUCUGGAACCAGCGGAGUGUACCACUGUCGGACAACUAUCACUACCUGCAUUCGAUGAACUCGCCGAACGGCUACCCAUCGGCAGCGGCCGCAGCUGCUGCCGCAGCGGCCAAUCACUUCGCUUCCGGUGGCGCCACCAACGGAACGGCCGGCAACGGCCCGACCGGUGCUGCUGGUGCGUUGGGACGUAGCGCUGGAACCGGCUCGAAUGGACCGCUCGCAGGCAAUGGUACGAUGGGACAGCACGGCCAUCUUGCUGCGCCACACCAUGCCGGCAAUCCCAACGGCCACCAUCACGGUGCCCAUCUGGGCCAGCAGCACGGCCUGGGACAUCACGGGCACGCCGGCUCGGGGCAUGUUGUUGGUGGUGGGGCAAACUCGGCCGCCGCCGCUGCCGCCGCACUGAUGGCGAACGGGAUCGGGCUCGGCCAUCACGGGCAGCACGGUCCGCACAGCGUGUCGUCCAGCUGUCCCGACGAUCUGUCCUACAUGCUCGAGCUGGGCUUUCAGCCGCGCAAGCUGAAGAAACCGAAGAAGCCGAAGCUGGAGAUGGGCGUGAAGCGGAAGUCGCGCGAAGGUUCCACCACCUACCUGUGGGAGUUUCUGCUGAAGCUGCUGCAGGACCGCGAGUACUGCCCGCGGUUCAUCAAGUGGACCAACCGGGACAAGGGCGUGUUCAAGCUGGUCGACUCGAAGGCCGUCUCGAAGCUGUGGGGCAUGCACAAGAACAAGCCGGACAUGAACUACGAGACGAUGGGCCGGGCACUGCGCUACUACUACCAGCGCGGCAUCCUGGCGAAGGUGGACGGGCAGCGGCUGGUGUACCAGUUUGUGGACGUGCCGAAGGACAUCGUCGAGAUCGACUGUACCGGGGCCUGAAGUCCGCGCCGGGGCCGCACCCGUUGUAGCUCGACGAUGCGGCCCACGGAACGUACACCGUCCGACCGACAGGAUCAGCAACAACCACCAAUCCAACGCUAGUCCGCUUGCUUCCAGAAAACAGAGCGAGAGAGAGAGAGAGAGAGAGAGAGAGAGUGAGUGAGAGCUGCCUACUUCUGCUCCUGGUGUGUGACUUUUCCGUGCGUGCGUGGAAAAUAGCCGGAACAAUCGCUUGGUGCUGGUUGCUCGCCGGCCACUUCACUGACGUCUGCGAGUCUCCGUACGGCUGUACCCCCGCUCUCCCAACUGGAGUCUACCCCUUACCCCCAAACCUCCCCUCAAAGCCCUUUGUACAAUUGGAUCGUUUUACCACUUUGAUAUUUAUUCGUCCUUUCUUUAAGUUUUUUUUUUUUGUAAUUAUGAUUCGUUUGUUAUCACUCUAGUGUUAAUGUUGCCCCCCACCUCACCCACUUUCCCCACGCGUGUAGGGGAAAAUGGAUAGGUUUUAUGUUAAACUUUUUGAACAAGAGAGGCGCGCUCAAUUGGUGUACGUUCUCAUACAAUUUUGUUUUUAGAAUACAUCCAACCGAUGAAUGUUUUAAAUCAAAUUAAAACACUCAUAAAGACAAUAACACACACAUACACACAAAGUAAGAGAAGCUUCUGGAAAGCUCCACAGAAAGCUCAGAAUUGCAACAAUAACAACAACAAAACAUAUAAAUUAGUACAAUUUACAAAACAAACAGGAAUGAGCCGGAAAUUGUGUUGCUAACCAUCAUAAAUCCAUCCAUAAGACAGCAACCAUCAAACGCAAUACAGAAAGAUUGAAGAAAUAAGAGAGUACAAAAAGAGAAGAAGAACAAGAAGAAAACACAAACACACACAUAAAGCAUAAGUUGUUACUGGCAAUAGUGAAUAGUGUUUAUGGAAUAGAGUUAAUUCUCGUCCACGUUCCCCCGUUGAGAUAGUUAAGCAAACAGCAAAAACAAACAGUCGGAAAUUGGAUAAAGAAAACUGUCCAAAACCGCUAAAAUGUACACAGAAUUGUCACACACACACACAACAAUAGUACCAUACGUUUUGGAAAUGAUUUUAGUUUUUGAGCUUAACUUUUAUCGCUUUUUUAUGUCUUUUGUUUGUUUUACGUUUUUUUUUUAUUAAAUCCCAUCAAAUAACCUGCGUGAGAGAUAUUGUUUUGUUCGUGUGCGUGUUUUGCUAGGUUCGAAAAGUUUCUCAUUUGUAAUUACGAUUUUGUAAGAUAGUUAUUCUAUAAGUCGGGUUAGUGUUUUGUUUUAAGACAUACAAGCAGCAAGUAAGCGAGUAGACAAGGAGCAAAGGAUCCUACCAUCGUUUCGCUACUAGUGUUUAAAGCUACUGUCGUGUUGGUGUACAUUUUAUGUUUUACAAAUCAUACCAUUUAAGUUUGUGCUAGUAAUGCUGCCCUGUUCAGCACUGUAAAAAUGUAAAGAGGGAGGUUUCGGAAGCCUCCGUUCACACAGCAACACCUAAUUUUGUUACUUUAAUUUCGAUCUACUACUACAGCGACUACUACUACCGCAUACUACUACUACUACUACUACUUUUAGAGUUUAGCUCAACGUUUUACCUUUACUGCAGAGUAAGAGAAGCAAUCUGGAAACGGAGGAGUUUACUUAGGGCGACGCUCGGUCUCUGCAAUCAUUCUGCUAUAGCUUUCCACUGCCUUUUCCGUGUGAAUUGGACUUGCUGCCACUGCAACCGGAAGUGUCCUCUAUUUUUUUAAUACAAAACUCCAUGAUGAAGCAUGAAUGACGAUACUCCCGAUAGAACAAGCUCCUACUCACUACGAGACCAGCAUGAAGGGUACUACUAGAAAAUCGCGAGGAAAAAGAAAAGAGAGAACACAGAUACGAAGAUACGAACAGAAAAGGGGACCGUAGCGGAGAGUGGCGCCCACUGCCCGAUUGGUUUCCCUUUUUGAGGUUGAAGUUUAUUAUUUUCAAUUCGGUUGUUUACUUUAUUAAUGAGUUUUAUGUUUUGUUUUAUUCUCACUUUUACUUUCUUUUCGUUUUUGCUUUUUUGUGUUGUGUUUAGAAUCUUGAUCUCAUUAAUUUAUUCGUCUGCUUUCUUUGCCUCCGGGAAGAGUAUUUGUCACAUUUGCGCGUGUGUGCGUGCGUGCGUUUUUUUAACUGUGUGUGAGUGUACAUUUCAAAAGCGAUGAUGAAACAAACAAUCAAAAAAAUAGGCUUCUACUUAUGUGCAUAGGAAAAGUUGCGUUUUGUUGUGCGUUCAAAACAAGGCACCACCGUUUUAUUGCCUUUUCUUUUAAAGUGAGCUAAAGCUAGAGAGCAAACCACAUUUUUUUGUUUUAAUUUCCACAAAGUAUCACACCAUAUCAGCAACAACCACUUGGAAGCCUUUUGGGUUUCUCAAUGUAUGAGCAUGUUUUUGCAACCUUUUUUUGGUUGCGAAUCGUAACAGACAGCAAUGUUGCAAAAGGAAAUCUGAACACAAUUUAAACCGAUCAAUUACCCUCCCUCCCGUGUACCGUUGUUUAUAAGCGAACCCAGAAAUGUUAAAAUAGCUUCAAUAGCGUAUAGUAAAAUGUUAAAACCAUAAAAUAUAGAA